AUGUCUUUCAAUAAGGAAAGUCCGAACCAUGCAUCAUCAAAUAUUUUAUCACAUCACUUGGUAUGUGGAGAACCGUAUUGUCCACGGGUUGCCGAUCCUCUGACAAACAGAGUUGUCUGCCGUUGUUACCAGACCAGUACAACACAAAGUCACACAGCGAUGCCACCAAACUUUACUGCUGCUCUUUUCCACACACCACUCCAUGGAGAUAUUCCUUCUCCAGUAUCAAGUCCAAUGCACCCGAAUCCUGCACUCAGGUGGGAUAAUCCUGGAUUAACAUCAAUAGGAUUUGGAUCUCCAUUUCCUACACUGUCACCAGCACACCAUAACAUCGACAAUAUACUUAGAUCACAAAUGUAUAGUUACAUGCAUUCUGGCAUUGACCCAAAUAACGGAAGAAGAAAAAAUGCCACAAGGGAAACAACUGCUGCUCUUAAGGCGUGGUUGAAGGAACAUAAGAAAAACCCUUACCCAACCAAGGCAGAAAAGAUUAUGUUAGCAAUUAUCACAAGAAUGACUCUUACACAAGUUUCAACAUGGUUUGCAAAUGCAAGGAGGAGACUCAAGAAAGAACACAAAGGGGAAUUUUCGUCAGAUAUCAGUUUUGAUAACAUCAGUAUGUCAAGUGAUGACGAGGAAGGCACAAAACCUGAGACAAUGGGUACAGGAGAAAGGAAUUUUAUUGAUAAUGGAAAUGCAACGUUAGAACAUGAACUUCCUGGAUAUAGUGGCAUGACGAAAGACGAUAUCUACAGCUAUGCCUCGUUUUCAUUUCAUACUAGUCGGCCGCUUACGUCAACCCCAAUUGAUCACAAUAUGAACAAUUUACCAGAAUAUCCAAAAGGAGACAAAAAGACUGAAUUUAUGAACAAUAAUGACACCAAUUCUGACGAAAGUGAGGACAACGAUAGUAUUCAAGAUAAGGAAUUGAAAACAUGCGAUACAUCAAAUGAUGAUACAUGUAGUACAUCGGCUUCAAAUAGUUUUGACAGUGAAACUAAAAGUGUGCCUGACAGACCAAAAUUCUUACCUCCACUUAUAAGCAAACCUAAAAUCUGGUCUAUAUCUAAUAUCAUUGGAUGAACAAAGAACAAUAAUGAACGCAAGGAAAAUUAGAGGAACUCGAGUUUCAAUCUAUUAAGUGCUAUAUGUGUAUUUGUCAGUGACUGUCUCGAUUAUGAAUAAAUGUAUACUA